AUGUAUGCACAAGCUGCAUAUCCAAUUAACUUCCUUAACUUCUUUCAAAUGUUUAAUCCAAAUGUUAUUGUCCCACAACAUCCACAAAAUCAAAACAAAGAAAAAGAUCAUCGUAAGAAGUCUACAAGAGAAGAAUCAAGAAAACCAAAACCAAUUGCUGAAAAACAAACUAAAGCAGAAAAAGCACCAGUUGUUACUGAGGAUAUGAAGAAUGAACUUGGUGAUCAACUUUAUGACUAUGUCUUAAAUCUUGGUACUUAUGAUGAUGAUCUUACUGGUAGAAUUACUGGUGUUCUUCUUGAGUCUAUUGAAUACGCUGAUCUUAAGAAGAAGAUUGAUACUAAAUCUCCAGAACUGAUUGUUAUCAUUAAAGAAAUCGUUGAAAAUUUGAAGAAGAUUCAUAAGUAA